AGUAAUUUUCCAAAAUCAAUAAUCGAUUGUUUCUGGUGAUGAACACAGAAUUGCAAGUUUUUUCUGUUGAUUUUGAGACAUAUAGCGAAAUCAAUCAGCUUUUUACUCUUUUACUUGGCAGGGAAAGAAGGAGAUAGCGUAAAUACAUAAAUGUUUGGAAUUUCUCUUUCCCAAUUAGCUUCACCUACUAGUUUACUUACAGCUUCUUCAAGUGGUUGUUCUAGAAGCAGAGUCGUUGUUAAAAUGGCAGCAACUACAACUGCGACCCAUGGAAAAUCAGUUGGGUCGGUUGUGGUGAAGCCUCCAGGGCACCCUACUUAUGAUUUGAAGGGUGUCAUAAAGCUAGCCCUUUCUGAAGAUGCUGGAGAUAAAGGGGAUGUGACUUGUUUGGCCACCAUACCAACUGAGAUGGAAGUUGAAGCAUAUUUUCUGGCGAAGGAUGAUGGAAUUGUUGCGGGCAUUGCACUUGGUGAAAUGAUAUUUAAUGAAGUUGAUCCUACAUUGAAGGUGGAAUGGUUUAAGAGGGACGGAGAUAAUGUUAGUAAAGGACUGAAGUUUGGCAAAGUGCAUGGAAGGGCACACAGCAUUGUUGUAGCCGAAAGGGUUGUGCUCAAUUUUAUGCAGAGGAUGAGUGGCAUUGCCACACUGACAAAGGCCAUGGCAGAUGCUGCUCAUCCUGCUUGCAUUUUGGAAACAAGGAAAACUGCCCCAGCGCUACGUUUGGUGGAUAAGUGGGCGGUACUGAUAGGUGGAGGCAAGAAUCACAGGAUGGGUUUAUUUGAUAUGGUGAUGAUAAAAGACAACCAUAUAUCCGUAGCUGGAGGUGUUUCAAAUGCCCUCAAAUCCGUGGACCUGUAUUUGGAGAAAAAUAAUCUUCAAAUGGGCGUUGAGGUCGAGACUAGGACAUUUGAAGAAGUACAUGAGGUCCUACAUUAUGCUUCUCAAAAUGAAAAAACUUUCUUAAGCAGGAUAAUGUUGGAUAAUAUGGUUGUGCCUCAACCUGAUGGUGAUAUCGAUGUAUCCAUGCUUAAAGAAGCUGUGGAGCUGAUCAACGGGAGGCUUGAGACUGAGGCGUCUGGAAAUGUUACCCUAGAAACGGUACACAAGAUCGGGCAAACUGGAGUCACAUACAUAUCCAGCGGAGCGUUGACACACUCGGUGAAAGCACUUGACAUAUCAUUGAAAAUCGAUACGGAGCUCGCGCUUCAAGUUGGAAGGCGCACAAAACGAGCGUAAUCAUCCUUGAUAUGGCACUUGGGAUCGAUACCAUUACCACUCGAGCGCUUUCAAACACGAUACCUCUUGCUUAUUGAGGAGUAAAACGGUUCCAAUUCAUUCAACACAACUCUGGAGGCUGAUUAAAUGCUUACCGGUGAGAGUCACCACUGUUUCUUAUUUUACCAAGAAAGAUUCUUAGCUAUCCAAAUGACAUAGUAGCAAUAAUCUUACCCGGUAAGAGUCACCAUCCUCAUUUACCAAUUAAGAUUAUUAGUCAUUAUCAUACCUCUUAAUGUAAGAUUAUUGGUCCUUGUCAUAUUCAUCCCGUAAGGUAAGUGAUCCGAUAAGAUUAUUGUUUCAUGUUAUUAUGGAAAAAGAUGAAACAUUUGAGAGUGCAUGUCCAUGCUACUAGUUGAAUGGGAGAAUGUGCAAAAUUACUAAGACACAAAUAGAAGGGCAAAUGAACUUGUAUUUCAUGUUGUAUAGAGUAGUGGGAUAAUUAGGAAUCCAGA